AUCUUUCUUCUAUUUUGCCAGAAGAGUCCCGAACCUUCGAAACUUCAAUCUACCAGAUCAAUUGGUACACUGAAGAAGUCCUCACCGCUUUCGUGCAAUAAAUCCCCUUAUCCAGCAAGCCACCGUUCAACAAGUCAAAAUGAGGGCACCAGAUUCGGCACCAUUGAACUGGAAGCCCAGCAGAGCGCAUUUCAAAGAGCCCUUUGAGGGGAAAGUCCAGAUUACGGCUACGGUUACUGAGGAGGUUCCUGAUCACGAGAUCCGCGAGAGUAUCGAGAUCGACGAGAAGGAAAACGGACUGAAGAGAGGCCUGCGGAAGAUGACACGCUUCGGAAAACGCGUCAUUAAGAAGAUCGAGAAGUGGGCAAAGGGGAUGGGCAAGAAAAUAGAACGGAAGACGGGAGAAUUGUCGUUGCGGAAGAGGGAGAGAAGAAACGCCAUGUCCUACCACAGCACGGGGGAUUAUAUGCGGGAUGAGGGAAUGAUGUUGGCGAUGAAGGAUAGAGAGGAGUUGGCGGUAUACCAGAGGGGCAGAAACUGAGGUUGCAGAGAGCUUGCUUGCAUUGCUUGCAGAAUGUACGAGCCAAGCAGGAACAUUGCUGCGACUGUCCUCACUCGUAUCUUGUAAUCUUACAAUGGCUCGUAUGAGGUAACUUCAUUCCAUGCUCCA